CCGCCCCCCCCCCCCCCCUCGCUCCGUUGGGAGAGAAGAAAAUAAACCUAAUGCUGCUAAUGAGGCUAGUUAUGGAACCAAACCCUAAAUACUCCUUUUGCCAACUGUGACCGGCCGUGAGGGGCUCUCUCUCCGCAUGCAGCGCCUCCGUCUGGGAGAAAAAGCUCGGGAUCCGUGUGGAUUCUUCUGGACCGUCUCUUUCUUUUCUUUUCUUUUUUUUUUUUUUUUUUUUUUUUUUUAAAAGUCAAGUUGAAGACGCCAGCCAGGAGAAGCUUUCAUUUGCUAGUAGCCUGUCUGUGAGCUAGCUAACCGAGCUAACCGUAGCCUAGCAAAGCCGAGCGCUGGAUGAACUUCGCAUGGACUGACUCUGCUGCUGCGGAUGGGAGAGUAGCUCCGCUGCCCGACUGCGAGCUUUUGUUUUGGGCUGGGUCCUUGCCUUCGCAUGGGAGUGCGUGGUUGCCUAAUGGACACUAUCGCCCCAGGAGCUGGAAGGCGAUAACGGUGUGCAAAUGUUGUUUUUGCGGCUCUCGGCAUCACGUUAUUGAUUCUGGAAAUCCAUUGGCAGAGCUAACAGGAUAUUAGCCACCUUUUCUCGCUUUGUGGUUGCAGGCCAUGGACUGAGAGGCAUUCAUCACUGGCUGGGUGAUGAGAAGGGCUGGCUUGAUGGCAGCUAAUUAUUUAUUGGGAAGCAGCAAUUGGAGAAAGGUUUGAUUUGAACGUCCUCCCCCGAAGAGUUCAACUCCUGUUUGGUCUUUUUUAUUUUGUUUUUUAUUUUUUACUGGAGUUAGUCCAGAAGAGACGCACAAGAAAAACAGCGGAAUUACAACAUUAAAGUCCCGUAAAGAGAAAUUAACAACUGAAAUAUAAUGUCUACCGCUAAAGAAAACCCCUGCAGGAAAUUCCAGGCGAACUUCUUCAACAAGAGUAAAUGUCAGAACUGCUUCAAACCUCGGGAGCUGCAUCUGCUGACGGACCAGGAUCUGACCCAGGCUAAACCUAUUUAUGGUGGAUGGCUGUGCUUGGCCCCCGAGGGAACUGACUUCGACAAUCCUAUGCAGAGAUCCCGGAAAUGGCAGAGGAGAUUCUUCGUGCUGUACGAACACGGCUGUCUGCGAUUUGCCCUGGACGAAUCGCCGAGCACGCUGCCUCAGGGCACCGUGAACAUGAACCUCUGCACAGACGUCGUCGACGCCGAGCCGAAGACGGGCCAGAAGAACUCCCUGUGCAUCGUCACGCCGGAGCAGGAGUACUUCAUCAGAGGGGAGAAUAAAGAGAUCAUCAACGGGUGGAGCGAGCAGCUGGUGGUUUACCCCCGAACAAACAAACAGAACCAGAAGAAGAAACGCAAGGUGGAGCCCACGACCUCCCAGGAGCCAGGUCCAGCCAAGGUGGCGGUGACCGGCUCUGGGAUCCCCGAGGCGGAGAAGGUCCCGGACUCCAGCUCCAUAAUCUGGCAGGAGGAGCUGAACCAGAGGGAGGCCGAGGGGGCGGCGGUCUGGGCCGCUGCCGACCUGCCGCCAGGAUCACCACUGGCCUCCACAGGUGACGGUGCGUCUGUGGGCCACGGCUCAGACGCUGGUUCGGUGAACGGUGAUGAGGUGGACCGGGGAGGCGUGGCGCUGCACAGCUCGCCGCUGCAGCCGCCCGGCGACCUGCUCUCCCCCACCGGCUCCUGCUCCAGCCUGGGAGGAGUCCCCCGCUGCCUCUCCCCAGCCCCCAGCGACCCCUUCCCCUCCGGCAGCUCCCUGCUCUCCAACGGGUCCCACAUCAGCGGCUCGGUCAGCUCUUUGGACUCGGACGCCAGCGGCAGCACGGUGACGAGCACCGACAGUCACCCGGCCAACCAGAGGGGGGGCCACGCCUACGGCCACCACGCCAGGCGCCUGGAGGCCGAGGCCAGGAAGGCCGAGAAGAGGAGCCGGUUCAGGAGCCCCGACAGGCAGGAGAGGGAGGCCGUCCUCAGCCCCGAGAGGAGUCGCUCCGGUGUUAUUGAGAAGUUGGAGGCGUUGGAGCUGGAGAACCAGGAGAAAAUGGAGGUGGAGGAGUCGGGGAGGGGCGGAGCCAGACAGGGCCGAAGUGAGCACAGACGUUUCCACAGAGAGGAGCAGAGGCAUGACACUGGUCAGGGUCUGGACUUCCCCUCCACCCUUCCCCCGCUGAGGAGAGCCAAGUCUCUGGACCGAAGGACCACCGAGUCAGUCAUGACGCCUGAUUUACUGAACUUCAAGAAAGGUUGGAUGGUGAAGCUGGAUGAGCAAGGACAGUGGAAGAAAUACUGGUUUGUGUUGACGGAUCACAGCCUGCGAUACUACAAGGAUUCGAUUGCAGAGGAGGCGUCUGACCUGGACGGUGAGAUCGACCUGUCCACCUGCUACAGUGUGACCGAGUACCAGGCUCAACGUAACUAUGGCUUCCAGAUCCACACCCAGGAGGGCGUCCACACGCUGUCGGCCAUGACGGGAGGUAUACGCAGGAACUGGAUCCAGGCCGUCAUGAAGAACGUCAGACCUUCCACCGCCCCUGAUGUGGCGAGGUCGACUGAGGAUCAUAGCUCAUUCUCUUCUUUGGAAGUUCUGGUCCGACCAGAUCUCACCCAGGACUCGCCCUCCUCUGAGGCCUCUUCCGUAGAGAGAGAAUCCGCUCCGGGCGUCAUCAAGAGCCGGGCGCGCGAGCGUAGACGGGAAGGCCGCUCCAAGACCUUCGACUGGGCGGAGUUCAGACCCAUCGCUCAGGCUCUGGCUCAGCAGAGAGCGCAGGAGGCCGAGAGCCUCCAGGCCGACCUGGGAGAGCUGGAGCGAAGCCGGCGGAGGGAGGAGAGGCGGAAGAGGUACGAAUCUGUGACCAGCUCGUCGGCAGAUCAUCCGUCUGCGAAAGAAGGAGGGAGGACGGACUAUGAGAGCGGAGAUGGGGUCGGACACUUAGAUUCGUUAGGUCCCACGUCUCUGGAGAGGCAGCAGAGGGUGGAGGAGGUGAUCGAACAGCACUGGCGACAGGUGGAGAAGACGCCCAUACGGGACGAGAGGAGGGUUCCUCUGCCCUCCACGGGGCAGAUCAGAGAGACGGCAGAGCUGGAGCAGCUGCUGGAGAACUACAAGCAAGGGAUCGAGGACCUCAAGGCUCAGUUGGAGAGCUGUCACAAGCAGCUCCUCGACUCCAACAAGCACAAGCAGGAGCUGGAGCUCCAGCUGAGAACGGCUCUGGAGAGAGAGCAGGACGUCCGGACAGGCUACAUCUCUCCGCUGGAGCCCCCUUUGGGUCUGGAGGCUGAUGUGACGCCCCAGACGAAGAAGCCUGAGCUGGUUAGUUCUCAAGCACAGAGUUUAACAAAGAAGUACCAGGAGACCAAAGAGCUCCUGAAAGUGCAAGAGCUGAAAAAGCGCAAUAUGCAGGCACAGCUAGGCCUCACGCUUUCUCACCUCCCCAUCAAGGAACCUUACUUUUCUGAACCCCCAAAGCCGUCCGUUCAGGAAGAUCCUCCCCCUGAACCCGUCCAAAAAACCGUUAGCAUCCUGUUCCAGGACGGACCAGAGGCCAUUCAAGAACUAGAAGACCUGAUAAGUGGUCAACCCUUCACUCUGAAGGAGCUGGGAAAGGUUUUGAAAUCCCAUAGUUGUAAUCAAGAGACAACAGAGAAGCAUCAACUUCAGAAGCUCCUGGAGACCUGGAAGUACCAGCAGGAGAUAGAAAACGAAAUGAUAAAAAAGAGUUUAGCCAGGGCAGGAGAAAGCAUCCGCGAAUACGAAGCCCGUCUUCUGACCAUGGAAGAUUUGGUGGGGAAGGUUCAGAAGCAAAGUCUCAAAAGCCCCUACGGCCCCGUCUCGAAGAUCGAAAACCACUCUGAGACAAAGGAGAUGACGAUAGGAAUGCUCUCUCAGAGGGUCGAACUGUUAACCAAUGAAAACGGGGCAUUGAAACAACGAUGUCAGGAGAUAGUGAACCAGCUAACUGAAGCCGACAGAGAAAUAGACAGGCUAAAAGCCGAGCUGAUCGGCCAGCAGGGCGGCAAACAGCAUCACCUGGUCAUGGAGGAGCUGAAAAGGCUGAAGGCCGAACUGGCUGAAAACCAAGCUAACGCCAUAGACAGGGAGUAUUAUGAGAGGGAGCUGAACGAGAAAUCCUUGAGACUCCACGAAGCUCUGGUCACGUUAGAGGAGCUAGGCAGCACCCUGAAAGACACUGAGAAAAAGCUGCAGUUGAGAGAGGCCACGCUGAAAGGUCUCGGCUUCCAGUCAGAUUAUGAAGAUGAGGAGAUACACCCGGAGAAAGAGCUACCGGAAACCUCACAAGCUAAGAUGCUUGAGAUGGAGGCAAAGCUGCGGCCGACAGAGCAGCGUUGUGCCGAACUGGAAGCUAGGAACAGUGAACUAAUCACACUAAACCAGGAAUCUGAGAAAGUCGGUAGAGAGAAGCUAGCAGAGGCAGAAAACGAAAUAAGGAUGCUACGAGAUAAGUUAGGUAGAGCUGAGAUGACAGAUAGUAAGUGUGUGGAAGCAGGAAAAACGCAGGUCGACAAUAAAGGACAUAUAAAGAAAGUAGUAGAAGAGGUCGAGAGGAAGACUGAGGCGAUUAAUCAGGUUGUAGAGAUGUUAGCAAAGGUAGACGUUAACGUAGAGAGGAUGCUCGGUGAUUUAAAAAGCACUUUAUUCGGCUCUUUGAAAGAAGAGCCACUCCGUGUGAGACGAACGGAUAUGAGGUUGGUGGUUGAGGGAGAGUUUUGGAGCCAGCUGUUGGGCCUCCCCAAAGUAAACCCAGAGGAAACCAGGCUGAAGAGUGGGAGGGAUGUGGCAGAACAGAUGAUGGCACAGAAGCGCUUGAUGAUCUUGAUUAGUAGGAUUUCUCCACAAGCGAAAGUUGAGAGUGAGGUAGAGACAGAGUCGGAUUUUGCGUCUAUGUACUGCUGGUUUAACGACAAAACAAACGCUUUGAUUCUCAAAGAGUUAACAAAGGCCUUGGAGGCAAAGUCGAAUGGUUUGAGGCAGACGGCAUCCAGGGUGAUGCUGGAUGAAGAUGACGAGCUCCUGUCUUCGGCUCUAGCGAGCUUCGAGUUGGGUAGUGAGCAGAAACAGGCCUCAGACUAUCUGCUCGAAGCGCUGAAAGAAGCGUACACGUCUUAUAUGAUGAUCAGGCUGAAGGUCCAGCAUGAGGAAGAGCUAAAGCAAGAGCAGAUGGAAGUUGAGAUAGGUAGCUUGGACUGUCCGAAUUGUCCUAAAUUAAGAGAAGUCGUCAGUGACCUCCAGUCUAAAGUGGCAGAUCUUCAGAGUCAACCAUCUGAGGCGUCAUUGAAAACAACCACAGGGCCACAAACUAUGAUCCAGAUUGAAGGAGAGCCCAUUGACUCUCUGGAUAAAACCAUUGAGCUUCAUGACAUGACAGCGAGGCACAGGAAGGAGCUUCGAGAGGUCAAAGAUCGCUAUGAGCUGGAAGCUGAAAAGAUGAGGCAGGAAAUAGCUAAGGCCAGUGAGACGCUUCGUCUCCGUUCAGAAGAGAACGUGAAAGAGAUUGACUCGUUGACAAACUGCAUGGAAAACCUCAAGAAGAAGCAUGAGACGGAGAGGGCGAACCUCAUGGAGAGGUUCGACCGGGAAAUGGAAGAGCUGAGAAGCAUGAUGAGUCCGGUCAACCCGGACAGGACCUUGUCGGAUGAGGAGAAGCCGUCGCAUCACCCUUCGGCCGAAACAUCGACCCUGAAGGAACGUAUCCAAGAGCUGGUGACCCAAGUGUCAGUCAUGACCGAAGAGAUGAGACGGCGUGAAGAGCGGGGCGACGUUACGUCUCAGCGGCUGAAAUACGAGAAAGACCUGGAGAACCUGAAGGCCACCUGUGAGAGGGGCUUUGCCGCCAUGGAGGAGUCGCAUCAGAAGGUGAUAGACGAGCUGCAGAGGAAACACCAGAGAGAGCUGGAGAACCUGCAGGAGGAGAAGGAGAGGCUGCUGGCCGAGGAGACGGCGGCCACCAUCGCUGCGAUCGAGGCGAUGAAAAACGCACACCGGACGGAGCUGGAGAAGGAGCUGGACAAGGCUCGCAAGGCGAACAACAACGCCGAGAACGCAGACAUGGAGGAGAUCCACCGACAGCACGAGGAGGAGCUGUGUUCGUUCCAGCGGGAGAUCGAGGUGCUGUCGGAGCAGUACUCCCAGAAGUGCCUGGAGAACGCCCACCUGGCCCAGGCGCUGGAGGCCGAGAGGCAGGCCCUCAGGCAGUGUCAGAGAGAGAACCAGGAGCUCAACGCACACAACCAGGAGCUGAACAACCGUCUGGCAGCAGAGAUCACAAAGAUGCGUUCAAUGACGUCUGAGGACGGAGUGGGAGACACCAACGCCACGAUACAGGGGAAGGAGCUCUACGAGUUAGAGGUGAUGCUGAGGGUGAAGGAGUCUGAGGUCCAGUACCUGAAGCAGGAAAUCAACUCCCUGAAGGACGAGCUCCAAGCCGCCCAAAGAGACAAGAAAUAUGCAACGGAUAAGUACAAGGACAUCUACACAGAGCUGAGCAUUGUGAAGGCCAAAGCAGAGCGGGACCUGGGCCGGCUCAGAGACCAGCUGCAGCUGGCGCACGAGGCGCUCGGGGAGCCGUCGCUGGAGGAGGUGGAGCGAGGAGGAUACGACAUCAUGAAGUCCAAAAGUAACCCAGACAUCCUCAAGAUGGCGGCUGCUGCAGCCAAACGCUCGGAGCGCACCAUGAGGUCAAAGUCUGUGAGUCGAGUCCUGCCCUGGGACAGUUAGGGCCGCUGAGGACCUGUAGACCUCCCCCCCUCCUCCUUUAGAGUCUGAAGGAGGGGCUGACACCUGAGCAGAGACUCCACCUGUUUGAGAACAAAGACACGAAGGAGUUCUGACAGUGACGCCGCUUCCUCCCGCCUCGCUGCAUGUGUAGAAGUCCACUAUAUUUUAGCUCUGUAACGACUUAUUUAGUAACAGUAGACACUGGUCACAAACACAGAUCAUAUAUUAUUAAAAACAUGGUAUGAAGUUUGAAUUUCAUGUCUAGACUUUGCAUUCCAUGCACUUCAGUUAACUGUGACAUUUUUGUAUUGUUGAUGUUUUGCUGCCAUGUCUCACUGUAAAUACUUUACGUUUUUAAUCUGCCACGAACACUAAACUCUGACUGUGUAAGCUACUGUGUGACUCCAUAGACUGUCGCUAGCCAAAGGCAUGAAUGUGAUGUUUAACGGCUGAACUACAACCACACGCGCCGAGCAGCGAAUGACGCUCGCGUUACAAAAGCAUAGGAAUAGUUACUGCGCCGCCACAGACGGGACAACGAGCCCGUCGAACCCGCCGUGUCGCUUCAUGUUCCCUGUCCUCGGAUCAGACGUGGAUGCAUUCACUGACCAUAUAUAUGAAUCUUUCCUCACUGGAGUCUCGGUCCAGCUGUACAGGAGCUGUUGGAGGUGGUUCAUGUCUGUAGUCUUGUUCAGUGGCAGUCCUCCUCCCUUUGUAUUUAUUUAAAUGGUUGGGAUUUUUUCUUUCACAUUCCCAUUACUCUGUACUCUAUUAUUGUAAAUAUUAAGCAAAUAUACACCAACUGACUACAGGUUUAUUAGCAAUAAAUAUUUUUGCACCCUU